AUGGUUGCUAAUGAUCGUCCUUCCCAGUAUAAGCAAUCCUCACGUAAAGGUAAGAAGGCAUGGAGGAAAAAUAUCGACUUAACUGAUAUCGAGACAUCCAUUAAAACCAGUACGGAACAUGAAAUCACUCAUGGUAGUUCUAAUAUUACUGAAUUACCGUCAGCUGCUCUGUUUCAAGUUGAUGUUAAAGGAGAUGAGGCUUUAAAAAGUAAAUUAAUCAAGAGGAAGCAAAUUGCGAAAACUGUUAAGUCAGCUGAGAUCCUGGCAGCUAUCAAAGAUGCUUCUAAAGUACCUGCUUUGUGUCAUCCCAAGAGUUCAGGUAAGAAGCAUGCAAAGAUUCAAGGUGUGUCGAAGAAGGAAGUCAGUAGGUUGAUGGCUCUAGCUGGCAGAGGACUUGGUGAAUCUAAAUCUAAAGCCCAGGUUUCAAAAGAGGGUUUAAUCAAGUCAAAAGGGUUUGAUCUAUGGGGAAAGGAUAAUAAUGAAGUCAAGCUUCCCUCAGGAAUUAAGUUAAAUAGUGCGAACGGGAAGAUUCCUGAGCCACUCCUGGAGAAAUCUAGUACUGGUUGGUCUGUGGCCACAGUAGCCCCAGACACCAUCAAGCGUGCCCCUGUUAAUGUCAAGGAGAUUAACGAUAUGCCACAUGCUGGAAAAUCAUACAAUCCAGAUCAGGAACAUUGGGAGCAAUUGAUAAAGGCAGAGUACGAAGUCGAGAAAGUUAAUGAAAACAGAAGAGUGCAAUUAGAAGAAUAUAAGCGGAAAAUCAAGCAUCUAAUGGAAACUCUGGACGACAACGAAGAGGAGUCUGAUGAGGAAGAUGAGUCAGAGCCGGAGAAUACAGUCUCAGAUGAUGAGGAAGUGGGCGACAACGUUAAACUUUCUGUUAAUGCUGCCGUGAAGAAUAAGAAGAAGACUAAAUAUCAAAGGAAUAAGCAAAAGAGACACGAGGAAAAGGUAAAACUACAACAAGAGUUAAAGAGACUCAAGGUUCAAUUACAUCAAUUAGAAAAAUUUGAAGAUAUUGAAAUUGAAGCGACUAAACAGGUCCAAAAACAAGUUCAAACAGGUAGUAAGACUAGCAGGAAAGUAAGUAAGAAUCCUAAAUUAGGAACUAAGCAUUGCGUUAAGGACAACCAGCUAGAGGUCAAAUUUUCUGAUGAAUUAUCAGAUUCUCUGAGGAAACUAAGACCAGAGGGUAAUCUUUUAUAUGAUAAUAUGAGAAAGUUACAAGGUUCUGGUAAGAUUGAGACCAGAGUCCCUGUUAGGAAAGGAAGAAAGUACAAGAAGAAGAUUACAGAAAAGUGGAGAUAUAAGGAUUUUAAAUGA